AACAGGACCUUAAAUUGCUCCCCAUGCCUCGGGUUUCUGCCUCCUUUCCUUCAAAUUCUCCUUUCCCUCGAGCGAUACUAUACAGGCAGUAGGAGUCGUAAAGUUACCCGAUCACAAUGACCGACUCAAAAGCCGUGAUUCCAGAUACCCAUGAGGAUCCUCCUUCUACUGCCGUGGCAGGGACCAGCGAGCCCCUUCUCCCAUGGUGGAAGCGAGUCUGGUGCCACAGUCUGACGCAGAUGAUUCUUCUAAGUGUGCAAGCGUUCUGUGGACCUGCUAUGUCGGACGCAAUCACUGGCCUGGGUGGUGGUGGUCUUGCAAGUCCCCAGGUGUCUAACAUCUCCAACGCAAUCAGAUAUGCCAUGCUUGCAGUCGUCUGCUUCCUGGGCGGUCCCAUUGUGAACAAAAUCGGCGUCAAAUGGGCCCUUGUCAUCGGUUCCUUGUCAUUUCCAAUUCAGGGCUCAGCAUACUACUGCAAUAGCAAGUUUGGAAACCAAUGGUACCUCAUCCUAAGUGGUGCUAUCGGCGGCAUCGGCACUGCUUGCUGGUAUGUCGCUGAGGCUGGCGCCAUCAUGACUCUAGCGCCGUCUGGUGCCCGGGGAAAGUAUCUAGCGUUGUGGAUUGUGUCGCGGAACUUGGGACAGUUGGUCGGAGGGGCGAUCAACUUGGCGAAGAAUAGUAAGGAUGGAGCGGAUGGUGGAGUGACCCCUGACACUUUCAUUGCAUUUGUGAUCAUUGAGUGCAUUGCCCUACCAUUCGCUCUAUUGAUCAUUCCCUUCGAACACGUUGUCCGCUCCGAUGGCACUAGAAUUGUGACAGCAGAGACGCUCUCCAGUCGCAUGGAGCUUCGACGCAUUGCUAAGACCAUCACCUCCAAGCUUAUCAUGCUUUCCGCCCUCUGGGCUUUGUGGUCGUUCUUUUACUCAGGAUCUUGGAGUACCUAUCUGGCCGACUACUUUUCCGUUCGCGCCCGCGCCCUCUCCUCCCUGAUUUCGCCUUUCUUCUGCAUUAUUGGCUGCUUUGGUCUCGGAUUUAUCCUCGACAUGAAGGGCAUGAGCCAGCGCCGCCGCGCCCAGAUCGGUCUCUACACCGUUGUCAUCCUCAACAUUGGCGUGUACAUCUGGUCCAUCAUUAUGCAGGUGAAAUUUGACCGUCACGACCCCGGUAACAUCGAUUGGAACGAUGGCCUGUACGCCACGGCCUUCCUGCCCUACUUCUUCGUGCAGACGACGGGGCCCCUGUCCCAGUCGUAUAUGUACUGGUUGCUCUCAUCCUUUGCAACGGAUGCCCAAGAAAACGUCCGCAACGGCGCAGCAUUCCGGUGUAUCGAGGCUAUUGGCCAAGCCAUCGCUUAUGGCAUGAACACUCAGACGUCGAGUAGUCCGCUUGUUGGCUUCUGCGUGACAUUCGGUCUUCUCGGCGCUGCAUUAAUACCCAUGAUCAUGCUAGUCAACACGACGCCCGACCAGAUCCCCGCUGAUGUGAUUGCCGAGGAGCAAAAUGCUGCAAAUGCAAAGCUGCCGGUGGAGGAGCCAUAGGCUUACAUUCUCGGCUUGAGAAGCUCAAUGUCAGCACUAGACGCGCUGGCUCUGGUUAACUGUGCUUUCCUGGAUUAUGGUUACUGCACAUAGAUUUCUGCAUACCCAAGCCCUGGCACUAG